AUGCCCUCAGAGACCCUGCCCAGUACACAGGACAUGCUGACCGGACAGAGGCUGUGCCAGUCCAAAUCUCACCAGGACUCCGUCCUCUCUGCCCUCAACCAGCAGCGCAAGGACGGCCUCCUCUGUGAUGUCACACUGGUUGCUGGGGAACAGAAGUUCCAUGCUCACAAGGCAGUCUUGGCGGCCUGCAGUGAUUACUUCCGGGCUAUGUUCAGUCUGUGUAUGGUGGAGAGUGAGGCUGAUGAAGUGACACUACAGGGAGUAACGUGUGUGGGACUGAAGCACGCCCUAGACUUUGCCUACACUGGUCAGAUCAUGCUGGAGCCCGGGGUGAUCGAGGACGUCCUGUCCGCUGGAAGUCAUCUACAGCUGCUGGACCUGCUUGGUCUUUGCUCACACUACCUCAUACAGGAGUUAAACAGUUUUAAUUACCUGGACCUGUACCGCCUGGCUGACCUCUUCCACCUGCCUGUCCUGGAGGAGGCUGUAGUUAAUUUCUUGGUGGAGCACCUGUCUGAGCUGCAGCAAAACAGACAGGAGGAAGUGCUCCUGGUCCCCUAUCGCCUCCUCAGGGAGGUGCUCAAGAGCGACCGACUCACUUCCCUCAACGAGGAGGAGAUCUGGCAGCUGCUGGUUUGCUGGCUGGAACACGACUGCAGAUAUCAGUAUGCCGACGACUUGCUACAGUACGUACGCUACGGCCUGAUGGAGGUCCCGGCGCUACACCGGCUAGCUCGCGGACACCCGCUGAUCCAGUCCAGCGCCGCCGCGGCCGCGCUGGUGGAGGAGGCGCUGGAGUACCACCGCGCCACGUUCGCUCAACCCGUCCGCCAGACGGCUCGCACCAGGCCCCGUUUCCAGUCACUGACGCUCUACAUCGCCGGCGGCCGCAAGCGGGAGGUUAGCCGCGUCAGGGAGCUACGCUAUUUCAACCCGGCGGCACAGGAGCAAGUCCGCGUGGCCGGCGGCUCCAACUGGAGCGAGUUGGCGCCCAUGCCCGCCGGGCGAAGCCACCACUGUGUGGCGGUCAUGGGUAACUUUUUGUUUGUGGCGGGCGGAGAGGUGGAGCACGCCACCGGGAGGACGUGCGCGGUACGUAGCGCUUGCCGCUACGACCCGCGAGGUAACCGUUGGACCGACAUAGCGCCGAUGAAAGCCUGCAGAGAACAUUUCGUUCUCGGGGCACUGGGUCAGUUUCUCUACGCCGUCGGAGGGCGAAACGAACUUCAUCAAGUCCUGCCUAGCGUGGAACGCUACUGCCCCAAGAGAAACAAAUGGACGUUCGUGCAGUCUUUUGACCGCUCACUUUCCUGCCAUGCCGGCUGCGUUGCCGACGGUCUACUCUGGGUGUCAGGUGGUGUCACAAACACGGCUCAGUAUCAAAACAGGCUGAUGGUGUACGAUCCAGUCCAGAAUCAGUGGCUUGCCCGUAGUCCAAUGAUUCAGAGGAGAGUCUAUCAUGUGAUGGCGGCUGUGAGGAGACAGCUGUACGUGUUAGGUGGAAACGACCUGGACUUUAACAACGAUCGAAUCCUGGUUCGACACAUCGACUCGUACGACAUCGACAUGGACCAGUGGACCCGCUGCACCUUCAGUCUCCUCACCGGCCAGAAUGAAGCAGGCGUAGCCGUGCACGACGAUCGGAUUUAUGUUGUCGGGGGAUACUCAAUCUGGACCAAUGAACCGUUGGCUUGUAUUCAGGUCUUGGACGUGAGCGUGAGGGGAAAAGAGGAGGUGUUUUACGGACCGACGUUACCGUUUGCUUCCAACGGCAUAGCGGCGUGUUUCCUACCCGCUCCUUAUUUCACCUGCCCCAACCUACAAACUUUACAAGUGCCCCAUCACAGGAUAGGGGCCCUUUAA